UAUACCCGCUUAACACUUCAGUCUCAUAUCCUAGCGCCGCCGAAACAAGAUCACGCAUCGGUGACCGGCGAGCGAUCACAGCAGAAUCACUCCUUUGUGACUGACGAACCACGCGAAGGAUUCACACAUCGAAACUGAGACUGUCUUAGCGGUGAAUCGCGGCAGCGCUGAUGAUGAUGAUUAUUGUUUGAAUGAUGAUGAUUCUUAUUCCAUUUCUGGUGAGAAAAAUCGAACUUGUGUAGUGGAUUAUUUGACUACGCCGGUACUGUAGAUGCCAUACUCAGCUUUGGUAGUUCUUUCAAUCCUCAAAGAGAAGAAGCAGAUUCAAAUUUUAGAAUAGAAAUAAAUAAGGGAAGCAUAUAUCAAUCAGUGUUAUUGCAGAUAAACCAUGAUGCGCUCUUUGUCAAGUCGCGUAUCAAAGAGAAUACUCUCUUCUGUUAUGCCUUGCUAUGGAAAUGCUUCUUCUUUCUUUAUGGUCUCAAGACAACCAUACAGAAGUUCAACUCUGCGACAGAUAGUUUAUAAGUCACAACGAAAUGCUAUUCCUUGUGAUUUCUUGAAAUGGGGUUCGCUUGGUUCCAUUAGGACAUCAAAAUUUGCCUCUGGCUUCAGCCCGUUGAAGCCAAAGCCCUUGGACUCUAUUAUUGACAUGGAGCGGGCGAAAAACAAAUCAGCUGAAGAGCUUGCUGACGUUUGGGACGAUUAUCACUUGGGAAGAGGUCAUAUUGCAGCAUCAAUGAAAGCUAAGUUAUAUAAGCUCUUUGAGCAAAGAUCUGCAAGUUGCCGAUAUUUUGUUAUUCCGCUGUGGAGGGGAAGUGGUUACACAACCAUGUUUGUGCAAGUGCAGGCGCCACACAUACUUAUCACAGGCCUUGAAGAUUACAAGGCCAGAGGAACUCAAGCUUCUCCAUACUUCACAGUUUCUUACUACACCGAAUUUUCUGAAAGCAAGGAUCUGGUUCUUGUUCGAGGGGACAUUGUCUUUACUAGCAAGCUCACCGACUCGGAGGCAAAAUGGCUUUUGGACACUGCACAAUCUUUUUACUUGAAUGAUGUCAGAUACAAACUAGUGGAGCGUUUCAAUAGAGAAACGAGGGAGUUUGAGUUCAAAGAUGUUUUACAAACUUUGGAGAUGCCUAUAUUGUGAUUGGAACAUCUGAAGUCGAUCUUCUCUCAUAAGAGAAAUCCAAAGGUACGGAGUUUGGUCAAAAUGGAUCAUUCAGAAAUCAGCAUCAAGUGAAUUGAUGUUCUCCUGCCAUUCUGACAGGCAAGUGUCUGUCAAGCAUAAUGACUAUUGCAUUAGCAAACAAUCUUUUCUAGUUUUGAUUAUUUCAUUGAGGCAAAAGUCAAGUAUCUUCAUGGUGUUGUUUUUCUUUCUUUUCUAUAGUAGCAAUUAUCUUUUUGGAAAAAAAGAAGAGAAAAGGGCUGAUGGUAGCUGUGUUGUAGACUUGUAGUUCUUAAAGAAAACUUCCUAAAUUCAGAGAUUCUACAGAGGUACUAAAACAUCAUGGAUCUUUUGAGACAUCUGCAAUAAAUGUGAUUUUAGGUCUGUCUCAACUUCUUCCAACACCUUGAAUUACCAUGGUUUCUCACCUGUAAACUUGUGCAUUUCGAGGUAUACAAUUAUUAUACAUAAACAAUGGCCAAACAGUCUUUGAGGCGUUUUCUUCCCUAUGUGUGAUAUUGUACUUUCUGUUAGAUGUGAUUAUUUCUAAUCUUAUAUGACUAGACAUGUAUUUCUAACGCCGGAGAUGCAUGUUUUGUGAUGAAAUUACUUAAAGUGAUAUCAUAAGAGCAAUUGGAAGAGACGGAAUUUUGACGAGGAAGGAUCAUACGGCAAUCAGCAACAAUGGAAUUGGCAGUUCUUUUCGUCAUUCCAAGGGCAAAACUGUGUCUAUAUAGUAGAAUGAUUGAAUGGCAUGUUAUUAACAAUCUUUUCUAGUUCUGAUUCUUUCUUUUUUUUUUAAACCAAAAUUCGUGUUACAUUGUAGUAAUGUUGAUGGUAGCUUUCUUGAAAAUUGUCAAGAAACUUUCUAGUGUC